ACACCUUAAAAAUUAUUUGUUUGUUCGCGAGCGAAAGAACAUUUUGGUGCCAAUAUGGAAUAUGAUAUAAUUGGAUUUGGUGAAGAACGAUCAGCCAUGAACUACUCCAGCUUCGGAGACUGGCUCGUAGCAUAUAGAGAUCCGUAUGAUUAUUGGAAAUCGCAUCCAACCUACGCCAUUUGUGAGCUUAAUUUCUUAAUUGGAGCUAGUCUGAUGCUUGCCCAUGCUUUCGUAACGGGAGGAAGAUGGCCGUGGUUAUUUUUUGCGUCCAUGACUCAUGGAUUUGUGAUUGAGUUAAUAUCAUAUUUUGCGCCAUUUAUCGAAAAUUUCUGGCAUGCCCAAGGCAUUAUUACAUUUUUCGAUCGUAGAAUGGCACUUUACAUUGCGAUACUUUAUCCAAUGUUUUACUAUCAUGCAUCUUGGACGGUGUCGAAAAUGAAAUUAAAAUCUCAACUGGUUGAACAUAUGGCCGUUGGUCUGAUGACCGUUUUGGUUGAUAUGCCAUACGAUAUUAUUGGUCCGAAAUUUGUUCAUUGGAUAUGGCAUGACACUGACCCCAAUAUUUACGAUCGCCAUUAUUGGGUGCCAUGGAAUUCGUAUUACUUUCAUUUGUGCUUUUCUGCGAGUUUUCACUUUUGGUUUCAUUCUGUACGGAGAUGGACAGAGAAACGAAAAGAUUUAGACAAAUGGCAAGCUGGAACUUUAAAAUCAGAAAUUAUGUCAUUAGUUUGUGCAUCAUUUUUGGGAAUGCCAACUGGUUGUUUAUUCUUUGUUGCGGUUUAUCAUCCGCUCCAUGAUUUCUAUAAUGUUCCGUCUGAGGUGACGGCGAUAAGUAUAUUGUUGAUUUUCACCGCAGUUGUAUGGAAAUUUGAUAGGAAAUGUAACCGAUACGAAAAGCCAGCUAAAAUGAAUUUCAUGUCGAAAGUGUUAUUCGGACAUUUUAUUGUACAUUACAUGGUUUAUUUGGGCACCGCUAUUUUCUUCAAUCCCGAAGAUGUUGUGUCCGUUGGUAUGCACCAACCGAUUGGGAACUGCAAUGAAACUGAACCAGUUCAUACGAUUUUGAAGACAUUGGAAAGACAGAAAUACCUUUGUGUGGAAAACUAUGAUGAAAUGUAUUAUGAUUUUCAUUGUUUGCCGAACGGAAUUACACCUUCGGAUGGAAGUAUUUGGUAUACUGUGUGUGGUAUGCCAUUCGAGAAUCGUGCUGAAUAUAUAACCGUAUUGUCAUUAAUUACGUUCAUUGCAUACAUGGUUAAUGUUUCGAUACACUUCGACUACGAUAAAAAUGUUGACAAAAUGUGGAAAAAGAUGAAGCUCUCGAAAAAAUUCAAUUAAAAUCUUGAUUCUAAAUGAGCAUGUCAAAUCAAAUUUAUUUUUUUACUUCGUUUGUAUUCAAAGACAAGAUAUGGACUUAAAAGGUUGUUCAUCCACAACAUUGAACAUUUACAUAAAAAUCCAUUUUCCUUUUUUUUAAAUCAUAAUAAAAUAUAAAAAAACUUCACUGCUAUUAGGUUUGCCGGAUUUUUUUCUCUUUGAUAUCAGAAUUUGUUAUUUUUAUGGAAAUUAUGGAAAAUUUCAAAUUAUUGACUCGGCCAAAAAAAAAUCUCAGAGAGGAACAAAAUCAGCAAGCCUAAUCGCAUUACAGUGAACAUUUUAAUUGGGUACGAUCAAUAUAAUUUGCAGGCAUUGACUUUUAUAUAAGUCUCAUGUGACUGCUAUGUAAAUAACUGAAAUAAACUAAAUACAUAAAAUACUCCCAUA